UUUUAGUUUUUGUUGUUGUUGUCUACUGUCUAUGGUUGUUGUUGUACGUCCAGCUGAUCUGCCUUUAUAUCAUUUAAAACUUCGGAUAUGAGUUUUGAUAGACGCGUGGAUUUGAGCAACGGCCUCGAGGAUGUUCCUGUUCUAAUUGAGUGGAAUAUAGCCGUAAGGAAGUUUCCUGAAUUUCAGUAUUCCCCAGAUAAUAUUCAGGGACCAGGAUGCACUAUUGACCCCAGUGAAGUCACCCUUCCUGGAUGCUCCUGCCUUUCCCGCUCCUGCUUACCUGAGAACUGCUCCUGCCUGCAGACACAUGGACAGGCGUACGACACCACCGGCACGCGGCUGAACCUUAGCAGAACGAACUCUGGUUACUGCUCACCUCUGUUUGAGUGUAAUGCCCUUUGCACCUGCAGUGAUGCCUGCUCUAACCGGGUGGUGCAGAGAGGGCUAAGACUCAGGUUGGAGGUUUACAGCACCGAGAAGAGGGGCUGGGGAGUGAGGACACUAGAGGCAAUUCCACAUGGGACGUUUGUGUGCGAGUAUGCAGGAGAGGUGAUCAGUUUUGAGGAGGCCAGACGCAGACAGCUUGCCCAGAGAGCUGAGGAAAAUAACUACAUCAUCGGCGUAAGGGAGCAUGCAGGUACAGGGUCCGUCACAGAGACAUUUGUGGACCCUGCCAUGGUGGGAAACGUAGGCCGCUUUCUCAACCACGCCUGCCAACCCAAUCUGUUCAUGCAGCCAGUCCGUGUGCACUCUGUGGUUCCUAGGCUGGCGCUGUUUGCUGGACGGAACAUUGAUGCACAAGAGGAGCUGACGUUUGACUACUCAGGAGGAUACAGUAACCAACCUCCUGUAGAGCUGCUGUCCACACAAAGUGACGCUGUCACACAGGCCAGUAGGGCAGAUGGACUCCAGAGGAAAGAGUGCCACUGUGGUGCCAACCACUGUGUUCAGUUCCUUCCAUUGGAUUUAUCUAUUAUCAACUGAAAUUGUUUAAAUUAAUGUUUCUAUCACAUUUGUUUUCAUCUGAAUGUCAAGAGAUGGAUUUGUUUUUCCGAAUGAUAGAGAAAAGAUUUUUGUCCUUUUUUCUCCUGAUUUAAAAAAAGAAAAAAACUACUUAGUUGUGUCUUGGUCUAUUUUCAGUUUCACUGAAAUCUUGGUCAGUUCAACCACUCAUUAUAACAAGACAAUGCAACUUGUUGAUGGCUCCAUGAAUGCAAUCAGCUGGAUGAGUCAUGUCGGUGCCCAUCAUUGUUUCCUGUUCAAUCUGUGUCUCCUUCCUGAUCUGCCACUGUCUCCUACUCAAUGUAAGAUGAUGCAAUGAAAACUAAAUCUCAAGGCUAGAGAGAGUAAACUUGUUGACAUUCCUGUUCUUUGACAUGUACACUCCCUUUCAUCUGUCAGGGUAUGCUUGUUCUGUAUAGGACAUUUCCCACCACAUUUACAGGCUUGCAGCUGUCAUCUUGUCCUGGCACGUUUAAGUCAUCAUUUGCACUGACAGUGAUGGGAGGAAUGCUGUUCAAUAGUUUUCUUUUAAUAGCCACAUAGGCUACAGAAUUGAAGCGAGUAUUGAAAGCGUUGUGUUGAAUAUAGAAAGCUUUUUGCAGCAGGAAGUUGUCAAAAACAAAACGCCAAAAUGCUCAGUUAAAGUAAAAGCUGUCGUAUGUUUCCAUCAAAUUGACAUUUCUUUUCUGUCUUCAUACAAUGAAGCCUUCCCUUGUAGAUAUUCUCAGCUUCUCAUUGCUCUCAAACCUCAAGAGAGGUGGGACCAAUUAAAAAAGGCCAGGGGGUGUUUUUUAUAUAGAAACAGACUAUUCCCCUGUCAAAGGAGGGGCGAAGGUGUCCCACUUCAGUGUGACCAUUCUGAAAUCAGGACCUUCUCUGUUCAAUCUGCCCCGUUUCUAGUCUAGACCUGCUUUCAUCUUAUUAAUAUCCACAUCUGGGUUAAUUAGGAUGGAGACCGGGUUUCAUCCAGAAAUGGGACCAGUGCUCCAGCCACACUAGGCCUGAGAGAGACUUAAUGAUUGGGGAGAUGGAAGCCCUCUGCUGAUCGGAGAGACUAAUGCCAAGUUGAGUUUCUGUGUCACCCAGUGGAGAGACGAAUGGCACAGGAUGUUGUUAUUUCAACCUAUAUUUUCUUCUCUGUGAGGGUUACCUGAGAUUUUUUUUGUCAAAAUGGGCUGUUGCUCGCAUUGCAUCUGAUCUGAUCUAAACACUCAUGAAUUAAAAACUCAAAUGAAAGGAAUAGAUUAACAUUUUAGGAAAUACGCUUAUUUACUGUCUUGCCAAGAGUCACUGAUACCAAUCUGAUGUUUGUACGGUAAGUAUUAAGCUAUGACCAGAAGCAGGUUAGCUUAGCACUAAGACUGAAAACGGCUCUGUUCAUAAAAACAUAUUUACUAAAAUGUCAAACUAUCAUGACCUCAUACUGCAGUUGAAUGUGAUUGGAUGCAUACAGCAGUAGUAUAAUACAGCAACAAAUAAACCAAAUCACAGUUUGACAUCUGCAAGGUGUAUGAUACACGCCCUCUGUCUGAGAGAAAGAACAGUCAGUGUGGCUGUCCUUCAGGGAUAGAUCUGGCAACGCCAGACUACUGUCCUUACAACAAAUCUACCAAUAUAAGAAAAAAAACAAUCUCUUUUCAAAUGCUCAACUCGUGUCAUUUUUGAGUCAGAUGUCUGCAGUGGCUGGUUCGGAGGUGCACCAAGGCUGCUCUCACAGCCUGACUGUUGAAGAGCUGGGCUGCAAAUGAAUGGCUCAUUUUCAGGAUGGUCACCUAGCAACCAACAUUAAUCACAUGAGGUGAACUUCCCCACCGAACCUGCUCCACACCCACUCCGUACAAAAACAAACGUGUCAGGCAUGCCUUUCGAUGCAGGAGCGCUGUAUUUUGAGAGUAACAACAGGAUAUUUUUUUAUUGUACUUGUAUGUGUCCUUAUUGCACCGUGGGUCGGAGAGAAACGUAUGUUCAAUUGCUCUGUAUGUCUGGCACAUAUUGCAGAAUUCACAAUAAGGUUGACUUGACUUGAUCUUGCAUCUCAGAAAAUUAUUCUCCUAAAGGAAAAUAACUUUGUAUAAAAAUAAUAAUUUUAGAAGACUAUUGUCUGAAUGGUAUUGGAGGUAUACUUGGCUUGCAAACGCAGCAAGUUGAAGCACCCAGAAAUAUUGCAACAUGGUAUUUCAUAGCAAAGUGACCCGACAAGCAAAAUGUAACUGUUAUGAUUCUGUCCUUUAAAUGGAGGUUAUUGAGUUUUAGCCAUUUCAAUGAGAGAUCUGAUUUAAAUAUGUAUUUCACCUUUAUGUUUAAGUUUCGUCACUUCUAGUUGGUACGAGCAUUUUCAAGCAAUUUCUGCGUAACUGUAAUUAGUUAAUCAGUUCCGGUACUUAAUGACUGUUCUCUCUUGAGGCAUAGUGUACUGCUUGUGGUCUCACAAGCAGUAUUAUUUCUUCUUAUAUUCUAUCCUAUUAUUAUU